GGACAAGCUCGACGUUGAAAAGGUCGUCCGUCCAUCCAUCCAUCCAUCCAUCCGUCCAUCCAUCCUAUUCAAACCUGCACAUCGCAUCGUCAGGCACACAGCACAACACACCAACGCAACCUCCAUCCAACGAAUCUAGGAACGAACAAACAUGACUCUCGCCGUCGACCUUCUUAACCCCAGCGCCGCGUCCGAGGCCCGUCGCCACAAGCUGAAACGUCUCGUACAGAGCCCCAACUCUUACUUCAUGGAUGUGAAAUGCCCGGGCUGCUUUAACAUCACGACCGUGUUCAGCCACGCUCAAACCGUCGUCCUUUGCGGGAGCUGCGCGACUGUUCUGUGCCAGCCUACGGGAGGAAAGGCAAGAUUGACUGAGGGAUGCUCGUUCCGCAAAAAGUCCGGUUAAGCAAAUCUCAGCAUCCUCCUGAAGCAUACGCAUAUCAUAUCACCACAUCCUCCCCGCAUGCAAUCUCGGCAGCCCGAUACCUUCUCGCUUGAAGCGAGGAUCCUCCCACCGGCUAACAUCCAGAACAUUACACGUCAUCACAACAUCCCACACCCAAUCGCCCUCGUCUUGCACAGUAUCGUUCCAUAUCAAUUUUGAAGACCUCCUUGAUGUUGUAGCGAAUUCUCAGAAUGGGAGAGGAAGGGAAAGAUGGGUUUGCGUGCCCUUGUUAUAGACGGCCACGCCACGCCCUUGAACUCACCGUGCGGGGUAGGCACCUGGCGUCUCUUGUACAUCACCUUUUUUGUCGCGUUUUCCCUAUAUGGGUGUUUCUUUAUUUCCCCCCUUUCGUGAUUCGAUGGUGAAUAGAAAGAAGCGGAUUGAAAUCUA